GUUUGAUAUAUGAAUUCGUGGUUGGUUGCAAGAGCAACUUCAAGCAUUCGAAGCAGCCAACUCAGUUCUUCUCCAGUCCCGCCGUCUUCAGCAUCCAAAUCGUCGUAUCAAGCUUGCAGUUACGUCACUUCCCCUCACUUCUCGUUCUCAGAAUGGCUCUUUCCUCAACUCCCAUCUCCAUCAGGACUUCCCCUUCCGAGAUCAAGAAUAGCGCGCUCACCCAGAAGAACCUCGAAAUCGCCACUCGAGCUCUUCACCGCGAUGGGCUCGUGGUUCUUGAGGAUAUGGUUCCUCAUGAAAUUCUAGAUAGGCUGAAUCAGAGGAUGGUCGAGGAUGCGUAUGAGCUCCAGGGAAGGAAGGAUAGCCCUUUCAACUACCACAAAGGGAAUAUUCAGCAGGAUCCAUUGUUGACGGAAGAGAUGUUCUUUGAGGAGGUGUAUGUCAAUCCUAUUGUCACUCAGGUAACUUCCACCACCCUUGGCCCCAACCCCUCUCUCCGCUUCAUCUCCGGCAACACCGCCCUCCCACCAACUGCCGACGCCCCUCCAGCCUCUCAGCCCACCCACAACGACGCCGACUUCGACCACUCCCGCAUCCCGUUUGCUCUCGUCAUCAACGUCCCACUGGUUACCAUGACGCCUGAAAACGGCUCUACCGAAGUAUGGCUGGGCACUCAUCUCAACACUACCAUCGCCGACCAAGAGGGUGCUCAUGGUGAACGCGCGAGCGGAAGGAUCAAGAAGGCACUCCUGGAGAAGAGGAGGCAGGAACGGCCGCCAUCGCAGCCAGUGGUGAAAAAGGGUAGUAUCAUUGUGCGAGAUUUGAGGCUUUGGCACGGUGGGAAGCCGAAUCUGAGUCAGGAGCCGAGGGUUAUGCUUGCGAUGAUUCAUUUCGCACCUUGGUACCGCAAUCAGAUGACCGUCGAAUUCGCGGAGGAGUUGAACGAGAAGUUGACCCUGGAGAAGACCGGCCUGCAGGUCGCAGCGGAAUUUGUCUUGGCUGGGCAGCUGGUCAAGAACUAUCUGAACAGACCGUACGGUAACGCGUAUGAUUUCAACCAGGUGGACAGGAUUGAAGGUAUCUUCUGAGGGCUUGUAGAUGCAUCUUCUGCGAGCAAAUCUGGGAGCUUCCAAGACGUUCAAGCUCUAGCCACUACUAGGUCAAAUCCCAAAAACCAGACUUUCACUUCAUCCGCAUUCCCUGCUUUUAGCGUAGAGCUUCCUACCGAUACCAGUCAUUAGGGGAGUUUGAGAAGUUGUAG